AUGGGACGAUUGUUCACGGAGGGAAACGUCAGUCUCGUUCAAAGAGUUCGUCGGCUUGGUUCCGGUCAGUUAUCCGAGAAGGAGACAGGUCGUCAGCGUGUGGCGUUCUUCUAUUGGCUUGGUGCUAAAACGACAUUUAAGCAGCACGGACUUUGUGCCAUGCGACUCUCGCAGAUGGACAAAGAGAAAUAUCCACAUAUCAGAGUCGCUCAACUUUCUGAACCGCCAUUGUUCCUCAGUCUAUUUCAGGGAAAAUUUAUCGUUCGGCGCCCUAGUCCAUCCAUAUGUCGAACGUUCGUUGUUGGCGGAUGCUCACUAGCGGAUAGCUAUGCAACUGAAGUUGACGCAAACACAACGCUUAGGUCUCAUGCCGUCUACUUGAGGGUCCAACGUGAAGCAAUCAUCGUCAUUGCAGAAAGUAUACUGGAGCUAAAGGAAGUCUUCCAUUUGACGAGUUCAACACGAAUCGAACAUCGUACCGAGGGCGACGACGUCAACAAUGAAUGGAUCAGAGCAGUGGGCAGGACCAAAACACCUCGGCUUUUCAGGGUAUUCGAGUACGAAGCAGAAGAAAUUCUAAGCGCACAGUACCAUGAGCGGUGUGCCUUCCCGGCCUCACAAAGUGCACUUAUGGAUACGAUUUUUAUCGAUGUUGGAGAACGGUUGUGGAUAUGGAGUGAACGAACACCUUCUACAUUUGUAUUACGAGUCGGCGAGUUGUUCUGGAAGGAUAGGAGCGGUGAUGCUAUAGUUUUAAGCAAGGGCGGAGAACCGGAUGAAUUUGUGGCAAUUUUCCCUGAAUGGGAACACUGGACCGAAAUAUAUGGUCAGGAUGCGCCACCUAGACCACUCAAGGAAUUGCUAACAGAAAAGACAAGGACGUUUGACGUUGAAAUGCUGAGAGCACGGACAUCACUUCCGGAAGGAAUCGAUAUGAAAAAUCUGCUACAAUAUCUAUCACCGGAAGACUUCAGACGAGUGUUCUCUAUUAGCGAAGAUGAUUUCUCGAAAUUACCAAUUUGGAAACAAAUUCGCUUGAAAAAAGAAGCGGGGCUGUUCUGA